AUGGUUUGUACUUGUGAAAAUCUAAAGGCUUCAAGAGGAUACAAGUGCCAACUAGGUUCUAUUAGGAACCUGCGUAAAGAGAUCACAAAUGUACUUUCCAUUAAAACACCAUUCACAGAAAUAAGGUUAGAAGAAGGAAAUAUCAACGCCUAUACUUACCAACAUGAAACCACUAUUGCUCUUGAGUCAAGCCUUAUGUUCAACAGCGCGCAUUACAUCAUAGAACAAUCUUGUGAUAUAACAUUUGAAGAAAUAAAAGGCUGCUAUGAUUGUCUUGAAGUAGCACAAGUUAAACUCUCGUGCAUAACUCGCGUUAAUGCCUGGCCAACUGUCCAGUGCGAAUCUCAAGUGUUCUCCGUCGAAUGUGGGCCAUCGAACAAAAUUAAUGUAGUAUAUCUGGAGUUUAGUAGCGCUCUGAUGCACCAAAAACGUCAUACGUCUUGCAAUGAGCAUGAGAUCACAUUUGAUCUACAUGGAACACUUGUAUACCACCCCAGAAAUAAGCGAAGUCAGAUUUAUUCCGAAGAAAACAGCGAAGAAAGCGCAAGCGAGUACCUUAGAAGAUAUGAUCUACCUGAUCUUCAAUCACUCUUGAAAGUUCUUGUGUUGAAAGUUGAAAGUGCACAAUGGUUGAUAUAA